AUGGAUGACAAAGAAUUUUUAGGGUAUUUUGAAGCUUUGAGCAAGAAGCCAGUUAACUAAACUAUCAAGUAAUCAGUUUUAGACAGCAUUGAUAAAAUAGUUAAAACUCUCCAAGCUGUAAGCCAUACAAAAUCUGUCUCAAAUAUUUAGUAGGAUAAAACCAGCAAUUAACUUGCAUCUGCUGGAUUCGUUUCAUUAUUUGGAGAAAAGAUUAUUGAAGAUGUAGAUUACGCAAUAAAACGUUGUGUUCGUGGUGGUGGUUAAUCCAAAGAGGCUUAUAUUUAAAUGCACUACUGCUUAGCUCUUAAAAACAUAUUAGAAAAAUUCGGCUCUUCAAUUAACAUUAAAUCUUUAAUUGAAUACAUAGUAGAACAAGUAUCUAAGAAAAAUGCUCUUUCUAAAAGUGAAGUUAAACACUUUAGCAUGGGUCGUUUAGCUCUUUUUAAGAGUGUCAUCUUAUCAGAAAUAAUCGAAAAGCACUGUGAAAACGCUUAGUAAAUUUAUGACCUUUUAUAUGAGUAGCUAGAAAACGAAAUGUCACUCUUCCCAUAAAAUGUUCUUGACAUAUGUGAAAAUAUAUUCUAAUAGAAGUUGCAUCAAAAGCAUAAAGCUAAGUUAUACUUCAAUCAUAUACUUAAAAACGAAUUAAAAAACCACACAGGAGUUUCACUUCGUGCAUUGGUUAUUGGUCACUUCGCUCAUAAGUUGAACAACAAUGCAACUUUUGCUCAGUAAUCCUACUUAGAUGAUAAAAUAAAUAGUAUCAAAAACUUAAAAAAUAUUCUAAAUGAUAUUAAAGAUCACUACCCACAAGAACACACUGCCACAAAUAGUUUAAUAGCAUACUUACGUUCAAUAUAUAAAAAGGAAUCAUAGUGGAUAGAUUUCUGGAAAAAUAUUCUUAAGGAAUUCUGCCUUGCAUCUGAUGAUGAUGAAGAAGAAUAAUAAUAGGAAGAAAAAAGUAAAAAUAAAUAAAAAAAAAAUAAGAAUGAAAACAAAGAAGAAGAAGAAAAUAGCAGCAAUAAAACUGUUAAUUACAGAAAUUACUUUGUAGCAGUUAACUUAUUUAGACGUUUUAUAAAAUCAAAAGACUUUUCUAUCAAUGACUUCAAGUGUAUAGCUAUUGAAGAGCUCUUGCAUUUAUGGAUUCGUCACUUCUAAGUGAAAAAUGAACAAAUGAGAAAUUUAAGUACAAAAACAGAAAAAUCUUUCUCAAAGUUACUUGCUAAAUUCAAUAGUGAAAAUUUAAAUAAGGAAGAAAGAAAAGCCAUUUUAGAUGUAUUUUAUCUUUUGAGAGCUAAGACUACUCUUAAGUUUACUCCAAAGAUGAGCUUAGCUAAAACUGUUUACUCAUUUAUGAACCAACAAGAAGCUUCCGAGUUUUUAAAUUUCCUUAAAAAGUAAAUGCACAAGUCUGCUAAUUUUAUCAACGAAUAUGUUUUUUAUCUUAACGAAAUGUAUGUAUUUGCUGAGUUUUAAUUUAGUAAAAAUCCUAACACCUUCGAAAACGAGUUCUAUGAAAUCUGUUAUCACCUAUUUGAAAGCACAACUAACACUAAACUUUCUCUUUUAUAUUCAAAGUAGAAUGAUGAAGUAAAGGGUGAAAUUACUGAAAAAUCCUUCAUUCAAAAAUAUUCUGAAUUAAUCACUUAGCUUUUCAACUCUUUGCUUUCUUCAACUCUUAAAAUUCCUUCUUAAAAUUUCAAGGAUUAAAAAAGUUAUAUUUGGAGAGGUUUAAAUAGCAAAAAUGAAUUCUGGAUCUUCAAUAUUUUAAAAUAUAUUGUUAAAAAAGCAGAAAAUUUCACAAAUAAUGAAUAAUUGACCCAUACUAUUAAGGAAUUAUAAGAGUUCAUAGAUAUGGCCAAUAAAUUAGAAAAAGAAAUUAAAAACAAUUUAGAAAAGAAACGUGAUGAUGAAAAUGGAUUUAGUAAUAAAAAAAAAAGAUCUUUCUGCAAUUUAUUGAUUGGAGUAUGUGUUUUGAGUUUAUUCUAUCACGAUGAAGGAUUAUAAAAUCUUGAUGAACUUAAAGAAGUUUAUGAAUCUGUAUCUUAACAUUAUGAUGAAAAGUUAAAGAAAGAAUAACCCAAAAAGAAAGUAAAGAUUUCAAAUAACGAAGGAAAAGAUGUAGAAAAAGAAGAUGAAAAUUUCAUUUAAGUUUUAUCUGAUUUGCUCGUUUCACUUUUGACUAAAUCAGCUCAUUAUAUGAGAGAAAUAACUAAUUUAUGCUUCUAAACAUUUGUUCAUGAAGUUGACUAAUUCUCAUUAUAAACCCUCAUCGAUGUUAUAGCUCGUCCAACAGAAGAAUACUUAAAUGACAUGCCUCAAGAAGAAGAAGGAGAAGAUGGCGAAGAAGAAGAAGAAAUGGAAUUAGAAGAUGAUUAGGAUGAUAUAGAAGAAGAAGAUGAAAAUGCUGAAGACGAUGAAGAAGAAGAAGAAGAAGAAGAAGAAGAAGAUGAUGAAUGA